GAACUCUUAUUCUGUCGAAUUGUAGGCAGGGCUGGUCCGGCGACGCCGAGGCGCGAUAUAGCAGGGCCUUGGCUCCUUCCUCUUCCAAAACAUCUUCUCUCCAUCCAGCGAAACUGUCAAAGCUCUGAAAUUUUGCCCCUUUCAAUGGUGAACAACGAAGACGAUGACCAAUAUGGCGUCCUUCUGUACUACAAGUACGCUCAGAUACCUGACCUCGAUGACCUCGUUUCCUUCUACGAGUCCAAUUGCAGCUCCCUCGGCCUUGUGGGUCGUGUCCGCCUCGCUUCUCAGGGUGUCAACGUCACUGUUUGCGGGAAGUUAUGCUCGUUGAGGAGUCAUAUUACUGCAAUGAAGUUGAAUAGCUUAUUUGAUGGGACUGAUUUCAAGCUCGCAUCCUGUCACCAACCCUUGAAUGACAUUGUAGCGAGAGAAUGUGGAUUUACUUCUCUUUCAGUUCGAGUUGUCCAAGAGUUGGUCACCCUUUGUUCAAAUCCUCUCUUAAAGUUACCUGAAAUUACAGAAGCUGGAACUCAUCUCUCUGCUGCUGAAUUUCAUUCUGUUCUUGAGAGUGCUGGGCUACUCUCGGAUGAAGAGACACCGAGGCAUAAUAAAGAUGUCGUUCUAUUGGAUGCCAGGAAUUUAUACGAGACUAGAGUUGGGAAGUUCCAAACACCAAAUGUUGAAACACUGGAUCCAGAAAUUAGGCAGUAUAGUGAUUUGCCAUCUUGGAUUGAUGAUAAUUCUGAAAAGCUGCGAGCGAAAAAAAUUCUUAUGUAUUGCACUGGAGGAAUCAGGUGUGAGAUGGCUUCAGCGUACAUAAGGUCAAAAGGACCUGACUUUCAGAAUGUGUUUCAGUUAUAUGGUGGAAUACAACGUUACUUGGAACAAUUUCCUGAUGGUGGAUUGUUUGCAGGGAAGAAUUUUGUGUUUGAUCACAGGAUGUCUGUUGGGAGCUCAACUGAAGAUAUCAUCGGGACCUGUCUUAUUUGUGGAGACCCCUUUGAUGAUUAUUCUUCUCGCUGUCGGUGUAAAAAUUGUCGAAUGCUCGUUCUGGUGUGUGAUAAUUGUCAGAAAAAGGAGACCCUAUAUGUUUGUGAGCUGUGUCAGAAGCAUGGUAAGGAUGGCGGGCUGAUUUCUCAAUUCCAGAGCACAAAAUCGGAAGUAGUCUCACUGCAAAAUGAACUCCAAAUUGGUUCCCAGCAACUUCCUUGGAGUAAUGGUUGUAGGUCACCGAGAAAAUUGAGAAUCCUAUGUUUGCAUGGAUUUAGACAGAACGCUUCAAGCUUCAAAGGAAGAACUGCAUCAUUAGCAAAGAAACUCAAAAUCAUGGUGGAGUUUGUGUAUGUUGAUGCACCUCACGAGUUAUCGUUUAUUUACCAUCCUCGCGACAGUGAGCCUCAGGAAGCUUGCAUGACAUCUUCAGUACAACCAAACCGUCCUCCGCCAUUAGGGUGUUGCAGGAAGAAGUUUGCUUGGUUAAUUGCACACAAUGCAGGUGAAAGGAAUGAAACUCAAUGGGAAGUUGCAGAUGCCCCAUUUGAUCCACUCCAGUAUCAGAAACAAACUGAUGGGUUUGAGGAAUCGUUGGCGUAUUUGAAGACUCUAUUUUCUGAGCAAGGACCAUUUGAUGGGAUCUUGGGUUUUUCACAAGGAGCAGCAAUGGUUGCAGCAGUAUGUUCGAGAAAAACGAGUCUAAAGGGUGCAAUAGACUUUCGCUUUGCAGUGUUGUGCUCUGGAUUUCCUCUUCAAAUGCAAGAGUCAAACCAUGAACCAAUUAGCUGCCCCUCACUUCACAUAUUUGGUAGUGAUCAGGGAAACGAUAGGCAGAUAGCGAACGAAACGAGCAGAGACCUUGCUUCUUGUUUUGAUGCAGGUUGUUCUGUGAUAAUCGAGCACGACUCCGGUCACAUAAUUCCUACUCGUUCUCCCUACAUCGAUGAGAUAAAAGAGUUCCUUCGACGAUUUCUCUAACUGGAUUCAUGGGUUGAUGUUGCAAAUAGCUACGAUCUUACAAGGGGUUAUAUUUGAUUUCCUCGAGUAUUAGAAUGGGACUUUUUCUGCUUCAUAGUGAGAGCUCAUUGUAGACCAUUUACCAAUUUGUUAAGUUUAUAGUUUUAUGUAUAAUUUAUUUACAUGAAACCUAGAAAUUGAUAACUGAUCCAAUUUGAGUACCCCACAAGAUUGGAGCAAACAAGAAUGAGACUUGCAAAGCUUUUUGGCGCUUUAGUGUAUCUAAAGUUUGCAGGUUUCUGAAUAUAUAUUUUUUUAUCAUUAGUUAAUCUCAUUUCGUAA